CCAGGACAGCUGUGGAGGAGUGAGCACCGAGGGAGAUCAGGCUUGGCUGACCAAGCCGUUUAUGUCUGUAUUUGUUUUUGUGUUCGGCCUUUGUGUAUUGGCUACCUCAGGAGGCAAGUGACUUAGUGUUGCGGGCAGUGUGGUGCCUCACCCAUGUGGGUUUUACAGUGAGUGUAUGGUAGAAGGUGCUGCCGCUCGGGAGAGGGCCUGCUGUAGGGAUACCAGUUGGACAGAAAGGGAGUGCUGGAAAAGGGAAAUCUCACGCACUUCCUGUUCUGCUGUGGUGAAGAACAAGUCUUCUUGCCUCGGCCGGUUUAUCUGCUCUGUCCAUCUCUGCCUGGAGAACUCUUUGAUGCGGAGCUGAUCCGAAGGUUACAGUCUCCUUAUCAACUCCAUGCUUACCUCUGUUUGUUUUUAUUCUGAAGUUCGCUCCCUCAUUUUGCAAUAACCCACAGGGUGCUGGGUGUUGCGCCAGCAGCGCCUCAAUGAAGGAUCUUCAUUCAACACCUUUCCCUUCCCGUCACACCAAUCAAUGUGACUCCUGCGUUUUCCAGCAGCAUUCGCUACACAGUCCGGACUUUAGUCAAGCCUUGGUUGGCGGUCAGAAAGGCUACCAGACCUACCGGGACCUACCAUGGGAUCUUCAAAAAAUUCACCAGCCAGUCAUCAAAAUAAGACAUCUUGAGCCCUGGAAAAUUGCUCUAAUUGUUAUUGGAACAGCAGUGGCAGCAGCUAUCACCAUUGGUCUCCUAGUUUAUUUUCUGGCAUAUGAUCAGAAGCUGUUCUAUUACAGUGGCAACAUAAAAAUCACCAACAUCCGGUACAAUAAUGAAUUGUCGAGACAGUCCUCAGGAAGGUUUAGAGACCUGAGCGAGAGGGUGGAGAGACUGAUCGACAAGACAUUUUACAAUUCCAUUUUAAGGAAAAAAUACAUCCGUUCACGCUUAAUCAGAGUGAGCCCAGAUGCUGAUGGUGUCAUGGCAGAGGCUUUGCUCACAUUCUGGUUCUCCUCCACGGAUUCUAGAGAAGCAUUGCGAGAAAGAGUUGAAAGGAUCUUACGGAGGGGCCUGAAAAAAUACAGAGGGCCCCUGCGAAUAAAUGUCAGAUCUUCUACCAUCUCAAAUAUGGAGGCGAGAAGAGCAGAAGCCCUCUUCAAUGACAUCUGUGGGUUACGGCAGAAUAGAUCAGUCAAGUCAAUGGCAAAAUCAUCAUCAUUGCGAAUAGUCGGCGGAUUGUCUUCUGCAGAGACUGGGGACUGGCCAUGGCAAGCUAGUUUGCAGUACAAUAAUAUCCAUCGUUGUGGUGCAACACUCAUCAGCAAUACGUGGCUUGUAUCUGCAGCUCACUGCUUCAGAGACAUGAGUCACCCUCAGAAGUGGACUGCUACUUUUGGAGCUCUUUUGAAGCCACCAAGCUUGAAACGAUCAGUCAAGACUAUUAUUAUUCAUGAAAAGUACCGUUACCCAGAACAUGAUUAUGACAUUGCACUUGUGCAGCUCUCUAAACGAGUUGAGUUUACGAGUAGCAUACACCGCGUUUGUCUGCCUGAGCCAUCUCAGACUUUUCCAUACAAUAUUUAUGCUGUCAUCACAGGCUGGGGAGCACUUACCAAUGACGGUCCAACUCCAAAUGCUCUUCAGGAAGCAACAGUGAAACUUAUUGACUCAAACACUUGCAAUAGAAAAGAAGUGUACGAUGGGGACAUAACACCCAGGAUGUUGUGUGCUGGAUACCUGGAAGGAGGAGUAGAUGCUUGUCAGGGGGACUCUGGGGGACCACUGGUUACUCCAGACUCUAGACUGAUGUGGUACCUCGUGGGAAUAGUGAGCUGGGGAGACGAAUGCGCCAAACCAAAUAAACCUGGAGUUUACACACGAGUGACUUAUUUCCGUGACUGGAUUACCUCAAAAACUGGCAUCUAAUUCCAAACUAAAAAAUGGAUUUAACUAUGUAGACUACGUGUAACUCAUAUUUGUCUGUAAUUCUGAAAUGUUAUUUUUUUAGUAUAUAUAUUCCUAUGUAGUUUUGGUUGAAGCAACCUUUGCCCGCAGCAAGCGCUAUCUUUGCUGUCAGAGAUCCUAACCCCUCGUGAAUUUAUACUAAAUGCAUGAGAUUGCCUGCCUCAUCUUUGAGCCUUGAAACAUUCUCACUUACCAGAAAUUACAAACUGACAUCAUUACACAAACAUUUAAAAACUACCAAUUUACCUGCUUUAUAAAUACAAAUGUUUUCCAGGAAAAAAAAAGAAAUUUUUCUUCAGUCAUGGCUGAGGUUUGAAGCUGAACCUUCUUCCUCCAGUGAAGCAAAUGCUGUCACAGCUGUGUUUCUAGCAAAGCAAACCCUUGAUUAUUAUCCUUGUUAGAGACUAUCAUCUGCACAGACUGCAGCCGAGACCCUGGAUGCUCACCCUGCUCGGAGGCCUUGAUAGCUAACAGUGGAUCAGCCAGGACUGAGGGUAGGUCCUAGCUAAGGAAAAAGAGGAUUUCUAUGCUUCCAGUAAGUUGGAAGGGAAAAGAGAAAAGCUUGAUGUUCUUCUUUUGAAGCACAUUUUUAACAGGAAAUUUUUUGUGGAUUCUGUGAAGUUCAAAGUGCUAUUGUGGAAGUGCUUUAUCACAAUACUCUGCUGCUACCUCUGUACCCACUGCCUUCUAGACCUACUCUGUUCGACUCACAAUAUGCUUAAGAUACAGAAACACAAGCUCUACCCAAAUUUGUUUGUAAUAUGUGUGUCCCCACGAACAACCUCCCUGGAAGGAAACCCAGCAUCUAAAUUUGUGCUAAAGGAAAAAUAAAUAUUCACCACAAAUAAACCGGGAACUGCCUUUUUCAUUCAAGAAAUAGUGUGCUAUUCCAAGGGCAUGCCAGCCAGUAGAAACCAUCUCACUGCGAAGAAAGCAAUUAGGGAUACUGCCUUGCUUCACUGAUGGAUUCAUGUCUGCCAUGAAUGAAUAUGAUCCUGUCUUAUGAGACUGAAGAGUAACGUCAUAUUAAAGAACAGUCCUGAUAAGAACUUCAGAGUAAAUGCAAUCCUUAUACACCAGUUAAGCACUUUUCCUAUCUCUGUGCAUGACAUCUCAUGGAUUGCUGGUGGAAGGGGGUCCAGUGAUGCAGCUAUUACUGUCCCCUAGAGCCCAGGCCUUCAACAGGAGGAUCCAAAAUGUCACUAGUAUUGUCUCCUGCAGUCUUUGAAUGGCCACCAGACUGCUUAGGCUGUGAAUGCAGGACUCACAGGAGUCUGUAUGAGACAUGAAAGAAGCUGCAAGCCACACAGCUGAACCUACUACAGCUGAAAAUUUCUCUGAAGCAUCCUGCCUCCCCUUCUGCUCAGGACUGGGUCUCUCCUCAGCCUUCCUACUGUGCAAGCUCUCCAAUAAUCAGCAUCCCUGGGAAUGAGAUGCUCGGCAUUUCUUGAAAAAUUCCACCCUGAAUUACAAGUCUACAUAUGGAUGGAAAAUCCUAUGUUUAAGCCUCGGUGGCAGAGGAAGGGGUUGUCUUAUAGUUAGGGUCCUUCCAGUCUUUCUAUAUAUCUUUUGAAUUUCAGUAAAAGACAAGAUGCCUUAUAUCAGAAAGAAAUCUAUUGAAGGUUUUAGAUUAGUUUUGGUUUUGAAAUAGUAGUAUAUUUAUUCUCGUAUUCCAUGUCCAUUAUAAAAUGAAAAGGAUCUUGGGACAGUUAGGAGGAUAGUUAGAUGCAGCAAAUCCGUUUCCUUAAUUUAUUGAUGAAGUUUUUAAUUUAUGCACUUUUGAGUUGCUGCUACUUUUCAACUACGAAUUUACACUGGGCCAGGUUCAGUUAUAAAAUAGAAACUUCAUGGAGUUUUGGAUUAGGUCACCUGGAAACACUGUUUUCUUCUAGUGUUCAGGUCCCCUUUUUUCGAAGGCUUCCUUUGGAAAAAAAAUUACAUCUAGUUUUUUGUGCCUCUUAUUGCUUUGAAGGUGAAAAUCAUGACAAGUGUCCUUCCUUAUAAUCAGCUGAUGAAUUGCAAUUGAAAGUAAACAGUAGUUCACUUUCAUAGAUAGCUAAGGCUUUGUUUUGCACUGAAAUCUAUCCUUUUGCCUAGCAAAUGGAGGGGCAACAAUAAGGAGGUGAGGCCCAGAUUAGAUACAACCCCUAUAAACUGGUUCCUACCUCACACUGCAAGUGACAUGUAUAUAUAAUACCUUUAAAAUUAGAAUGGCAGCCUUUAUUUCAGGUUUUCUUUCAGAGGCCAAACAGCCAAGAGGUGUGUGGGAGAAUGUCUACCUUACUCAGGGAGUCCUGAGCCAGCCAGAUGCACUUUUCACAGAUUUUUUAGCAAACUGUCUGGCCUGGGUUUGUCUUAUACUCCAUGUCAGUGUUUUAUUUAUGAAGACUGUUUGUUUUCUGCCCUAGAAUAAA